AUGUCAGCAUUUGAUCUUGGAACCAUAAAGAAUAAACUGGAAACUAGGAAAUUUUCAGAAUCAGAGAAAUUCAUCAAUCACACAGAUGAAUCUUUCUCACCAAAAAUAAAAACAAAUGAAAAAGAAUUAACAUUUGACAACCCUGAAACACCUUCAACUGGCCAAUUUGAAGAAAACUUUGUGCUAGAUCAGUUUAAAAAUAAUAUAGAAACCAGUGACUUUCAACUCAUUCCUCAUGCCGAUAAAGAAAAAAUAAGGUCCUUAUUAGCUAGUAGGCAGGAAAAAGAAGAAAUCCCGCCCUUAAUCUUAUCCCGCAUCUGCUCUGGUUGAGAAAAAUACCAUGAAUUAAGAUUUUCUGAGGCUGUCGAAAUUUUGAACGAUGCUUUACAAAGAUCUGAGCCUGGGAGCUUGGUAUGUUUUAAUAUUUCAUACUUGAUAGGUCGAUGCUAUUUGCACUACAACUUGGAUUCUGCGUUCAGUGUAUUUCAACAGCUUAUUGAGUACAAUCCAAAUGAGAUUUUUUACUGAAUCGGCCUAGGUGCGGUCUUUGGGCAGUGAAAAAAAAAUUAUGAAGCUUUCCAAUGUUUUCUGAAGGCAACUGUCCUGUGGAGGAGAUCAAUUGAAGCAUGGAUUAAUAUUGGAACGGUGUAUGAAAUAUGUGGGCAAACAGCAGAAGCAAAUUCUGCAUUUGAGAUGGCUCACAAAAUUCAUACAAGUGAAAAAAUAAGUAAUAAAAGCAUUGAAAAGGUCUUUAAAAACCGAAAUUCUGGCAUAGCGGAGUUUGUGCAGCCUGAAAUUGAUCCUGAAAAGCUUCCAUUUAGAAAUAGCUAUAAUGAUGAUUCUGCUAAAGAAAUUUCAAAAGAAUCUGAAUCAAAGAAACCUUUUGUAAAGAAGCGACCUAAAGCAGUGGCUGCCAAACCCACAAAUUCCAUAAAUCCCAGCACAGAUAUUCUCAAAAACCCUAUUCAAGAGUCUGAAAGCUUAGUAAGACCACAAGCUGUGAAUCCUAAGAGCUUGAAUGAAAAUAGAAUUCAAAAUAAAAGCCAAGUGCCGAUGCCUAUUCCAAUUCCACAAAUUGGUUUACAAGCGAAUAAUCCUGCUAUGGUUCAAGCAGCAGCAUUUAUAGAGCUUUGAAGAUUUUGUUCUUCAAAAGUACAAAAUCGCAAUCCAUCUAGAAGGAGUGAACAAAAUGAAAUAAAGGAAGAUGAUGACUUAGAAGAAACUGCAAAAAUGCUUCUUAGCCUUGGACCUGUAAAAAGGGAAAAAAUAUCAAAAAGUAAGCCACAAAAAAAGUUCAAGAUAUAA